GUACACGGGCGUUAAAUAUUAUUGUUUAUGCGUCGGACAGUGCAACAACAACAGACGGGAGCGAAGAGGACAGCAAGAGGAAAAGCGCGACUCAGCGAAAAUCAUUUGGAAGCGUGAAAUUUGAAACACAUGCACUUAUAAACAGAUAUUAUUUACACGGCUGCUGAUGAAGUAGCAAAGAUUAAUAACAAGAAGGAGAAGGAGAAGCGACAACAGCUGUUUUUGUGGGUGCGAAGAGCAACACGAAAUGCAACGGGACGGAGAUCAGCAACGGCUGCUUGAUGAGGAGCAGCAGCAGCAGCAGGAGGCGGAGGAGCAGCAGGACGAACCGAUGCUGGGCAGCGAGCAGCGAGGCUUUGUGCCCGCCUUUUCGCCACAGUACGACGUCGACGAUGACGAACGCUGCCUGCUCGUACGGGAACGGGAUCGGGACGAGGUGGUCCAGCUGACGAAUGCGCCCAGUGCAGGCGCCGCCCUAACCUAUUGCGUCUUCUACCUGCUCGGCAUUGGCACCAUGACGCCCUGGAACUUUUUCGUCACCGCCGAAGACUAUUGGAAAUACAAAUUCCGCAACACAACACUGAACGGCACACAUCCCGAGGAGGAGCUGACGCCGCUCCAGAAGAGCUUCGCCUGCGACCUGGCCCUGACCGCGACCAUUUCGGGCACCACGUUCCUGCUGCUGAACGCCGUCUAUGGACAUUAUGUGUCGCUGCGUGCCAAGAUGCUGGGCACGCUGUGCACGAUACUCGUGCUCUUUGGCGUCACCACGGGCUUCGUGGAGGUCGACACGGACCGCUGGCAGGAGCAGUUCUUUCUCAUCACGCUCAUCAUUGUGGUCAUACUGAACAUUAGCUCGGCGACCAUGUCGGGCGCCCUGUACGGCGUCGCCGGCCUCUUUCCCUCGGAGUAUAUGACAGCUGUGGUCAGUGGCCAGGCGCUGGGCGGCAUACUCACUGCAUUGGCGUUCAUUUUGGUGCUCGCCUUCGAUGCGGGCCCCUCAGCCACCGCCUUUGUGUUCUUCAUCAUGGGCGCCCUGCUGAUCUUCUUCUGCAUCGUCUGCUACUCUGUGAUGGCGCGCCAGGCGUACUUUAAGUAUUAUCUGGAUGGCGGCGAUAAGUUCAAAGUGAUUAGCGCCCUGCCCUCGCACAGCCGCAGCGACGAGUCGGGCGUGCCCCUCGAGCCGAUCCUCAAGCAAGUGCUGGGCAAAAUCUACAUGCAGGCCGUCUGCCUCGCCCUGCUAUAUGCCACAACGCUCUCCGUUUAUCCGUCGGUGACGGUGCUCAUGCAAUCGGAGAAUUCCGCCAGUCACACCGAGUGGAGUGAUGUUUACUACCUGCCCGUUGUGAACUAUUUGUUCUUCAAUUGCGGCGAUUACUUUGGCCGCCUGACUGCCGGCUGGCUGGAGUGCCCCAGGAGCCAGCAGACGACGCUGCUCUGGACGGUGGUGCGUGUGCUGUUCGUGCCCUGCUUCCUCUGCUCGAACAGCAGCGAGCACCACUUCCUGCCCACGCUGGUGCAGCACGACUACACCUUCAUGGCCAUGAUCAUAGCCUUUGCGCUGUCCAACGGCUACCUGACCAACAUACUGCUCAUAAUGGCGCCAAGAAGCGUCGAUCAGCACGAGAAGGAACUGGCCGCCUCCAUAAUGGCCGCCUCCCUGAGCGUGGGCAUGGCCGUCGGCUUGUUGCUGAGCUUGGCCUUUGUGCAAAUGCUGUGACCGCCGUCUGGCCGCCCGGAUCUAUGGUGCCUUAGAAAUCUUUGUUUACAUUUUAAACUAUCUAUAGCGAAUUAUAUAUAUAUAUCUAUAUUUUUUUAUCCGUAACGAAUGUCCUAUUUUGUGUCCGUGUGAUUUCCUGAAAUCUAAUGCUCCAAGAUUAGCCAAUGUCUGUAAGACUUUAGACAUAUCAAGACGAACUUAUUUGUGUUAACAUUUUACAAUCGGUUUUCUUUUUUGUUAUUGUUACCUGUAAGUUUUAUGACGUGUUCUUAAUUGGCCACAAUUUGCAUGUAUAUAGGUUUUAAGAAAUGGAAAGAGCAAGCGAUUGAAUCAAAAAUAAAAUUAGUUCUUUAUUUUAAGGUAAUUCUGUUUGUUUAACGUUUAUUUUGGUUUCUGCAGAUCACAACAACAAUGUGGAUUAAUUCGUUUUAAAUUUAGGAUUAGGUUUUAGUUUGCAAUUUUUGUAUGUCUUUUAACUAAUGAACUCCACUGUAAAUAUGUGUAUGUAUUGUAUUGACAUUGACAGCUUGCACAUUUAGUUUUUGAAAUUACACUUUUUUUUUUUGUUUAUUUUUAAAUCGUAUUUAUGUUUGUAAAUUUAAUUUCGCCCUGUGUUCGUUCAUUCUGCAAAAUCGCAUAUUAAAUUCAAAAUUGAACUGCCGUCGCGCUGCCAACUGAACAUUGAUAAGCUAGUUGGCAACGCGUUGCUCUUUCUCACUGCUCUCACCAACGGCUAACUGCACUCUUUGCAUUUACGACUUCUCUUUGAGCGUAGAGCUGAACUUGAUUAAGUUAAUUCACAAACCUAAAGAGACACAAAAACGUUAUGAGUUGUGCUUGAGAGCGCUCUCAAUGAGUAAAGUGAGUUGCUGCCAUUUUGCUUAUCAUUCCUUGGCAGCAAUGCACAUCAAACUGUAACACAGGCCCAGGGCGUUUCAAUAAUUUAAGUUCGCAUUUAAAUGCUAUUUAUUUUAACUUGAAUGUGUUUUAGUGCAUAAUUGUAAAUUGUAAUAUGCAUUUUAACGUUAUUAAAUUCUGCUCGACAUUUAGAGAUCGGUUUUAAAACUGUAAGUGCUGCCAGGUGUUAACAAUAUGGGGUAUGCGCUACGAUCUGGUCUAAACAUUUAAUUAGCUACGUUUUUUUUUUCUGUGUAUUAUUAUGUGUUUAAUACUCAUGGGGGACUCGUCCCACCAUAUCCAAUAAUAACAUUUAAUAUCUUAUUUAUUUUUUGCGGCCUAAAUUUC